UUUGCUACAUAGCGGAUUGCGUCGCAUCGCGGAUAUGACAGGCGCAUUCUCGUCACAAGAUAAUGGCAAUGUUCUGAGGUAACGCACAGAAAGAGGGAUGUGGAAUAUUUGUACGUGAAGUGCUGUAGUCUACUUCCACGACAACGGGUUUCAUAUUGGUGUAGCCAGCUGCCUGUCACCAUGGCAACCAGCAGCYCGGUCCCUAGCGACAACCUCCCCACUUACAAGCUGGUGGUGGUGGGGGACGGAGGGGUGGGGAAGAGCGCUCUCACCAUCCAGUUCUUUCAGAAGAUCUUUGUGUCUGACUACGACCCCACCAUCGAGGACUCCUACCUGAAACACACAGAGAUAGACGGACAGUGGGCCAUCCUGGACGUGCUGACACGGCAGGCCAAGAGGAGUUCAGUGCUAUGAGGGAGCAGUACAUGAGGACGGGGA